AUGGAUUCAGGCAAAAUGCACCCAUAUUUCACGGGAAACUAUGUCCCAACAUAUGUCACCAUUGACGGGAAACCAUGCGAGUUUGAAGGGGCAAUCCCAGAUGAGUUCCUAGGAGGGCAAUAUGUGCGAAAUGGGAGCAAUUUGAUGGAAGAUAAGGGCCAUCGACAACUUCAUUGGUUUGAUGGUGAUGGAAUGUUGACCGGAGUCUUCUUCAGCCGUCCUAAUACUUCGAGUGAGAGUGUGCAGCCCUUGUUUACCAAUAAAUACGUCGAGACGGAUGUAUAUUGCGCCACGAAAAUCAAUAAACGACUACACCCCAUUCUACCUGGGAUGGCUGCUCUGGUAGACCCUGUACCAUCGCCAUUUCGGAUUCUUUUAUCAGUCAUGCGGACGUAUGUGAUUAUUUUUGCGUCGCUGUUUAAGCUCAUUGCGCGGCCAAUUCAAAGAGUCGGUGCUGCGAAUACAAAUAUCUUUUACCAUGAUGGGCGCGUGCUGGCGACUAAUGAGAUUGGCCCGCCUAUGAGAGUCCAUCUUCCUUCAUUGAAAACCAUUGGCUGGUUUACGGGCAGCAAAGCAGAAGGAGAGCCCGCAUGUGUUGGUGAUUCAGAUGCAUACUUUGGCGGCAAAGGUAUAGAGGGCUUCUACAAAGAGAUGACAACGGCCCAUCCCCGAGUCGAUCAGACUACCGGAGAGCUGAUUCUAUUCCAUUCAACGUUUCUGCCACCAUUCAUUCAAUAUUCAAUCGUGCCUGCAAAAGCGUCGUCGAAGAACGAGCCGCGUCUUAAUUUGCCUGUACCAGGACUUUCCUCUGGCAAGCUGAUGCACGACUUUGGUGUGUCUCGGCACUAUACGGUUAUAAUCGACUGUCCAAUCUCCUUGGAUCCAUUUAAUCUCAGGCACAAUCUGUCUGCAGUUCAGUAUGAUCCGAAUGGCCCUACCAGAUUAGGGGUAUUUCCCCGACACUCGCCAGACAAGAUCAAAUGGUUUGAUACUGGCGCUUCUAUCGUGAUGCAUACCGCAAACACUUGGGACGAGUGUACUCCGUCUGGCACACGGGUGCAUAUACUACUUUGUCGCAUGAACAGUCUUGCUCCCUUAUACCACAUGGGCGGCAUGGAAGCGCCCAAAAGUGUCUGCCCUGACAACCCACAAUGCCGACUGUAUUACUAUGAGAUAACCUCUGCCAUAACUCAACAAUGGGCUCUUUCUUCAAUUCCAUUUGAAUUUCCCCAUAUCCCACGUCAUCUAGAAAUGACAGCCGCUCGUUACAUAUAUGGUUGUUCUAUGCGGGAAGGGAAUUUUGCGUCUCAGUUUAUGGAGAGUGUGAAAAUUGAUUGCUUAGCCAAAAUAGAUGUCAAAAGACUCUUGACAAUGGGGCAAAGAACCCCUCCAGUUGGCCCAGAAGGAAGUGUGGAUACGAGAACGAUGCAGGAGAUCCUGUGCUCGGAAGAUCCGGAAGAUCCAAUUCAAGUCUUUGCUUUGCCUGACGGCUGGUAUGCACAGGAGUGCUCGUUUGUACCGCGCAAAGACGGUAAGAGUGAAGAUGACGGAUGGCUGGUCACCUACGUAUUUGAUGAAUCACAGCUGAAUGAGGAGGGCAAAGCUAAAGCAGGCUGUAGAAGUGAGUUGUGGAUUAUUGACGCUGUUGGAAUGCAAGAGGUUCUGGCAAAGGUCUUUCUUCCUCAGCGAGUGCCUUAUGGGAUGCAUGGGAAUUGGUUUGCUGAGAAUCAAAUUCUUGACCAACGAUCUUUUACCGGCUUCCGGCUCUGA